AUGGGUAGUCAGGUUCCUGAAUCAAAUGUGGAUGUUCUGAUCAUUGGUGCCGGCCCUUCAGGGUUGAUGGCCGCCGCCUGGAUGGCACAUUGCGGCGUGAAAGCCCGCAUUGUCGACAAGAGAGGCACAAAGGUCUUCUGCGGCCAGGCCGAUGGGCUCCAAUGCCGCAGCUUGGAGAUUUUUGAUUCGCUGGGCUUCGCGGACCGUGCCUGGAAGGAGGCCAAUCACAUGAUCGAGAUCUGCAUGUGGAACCCUGGAAACGACGGUGUCAUCCGUCGCAGUGAUAGAAUUCCGGAUACCAUCGUAGGCCUCUCGCGCUUUCAGCAGAUCGUUCUGCAACAGGGUCGAAUCGAGCGCUUUUUCCUCGAAAACAUCAAGAAGUACUCCAAGGACCAGAUCAAGGUCGAGCGCGGGGUUCUCCCUGAGUCUCUCGAGAUCGACUUGUCCAAGGUUGACGACGACUCUGCCUACCCCGUGACUGUAAAGCUUCGCCAGCUCUCGGAAGAAGAGGCUACGCCCCCUCAGGUACCCAACGCGAGCAAGAUCUCCGACGGUCUCUUCCGAAGCAACCUUGUGCAGGAAGAUGAUGAAGAAGACUUGAUCAAGAAGAGCCAGGCUAGAGCCGGUGCAAGCGAAAUUGUCCACGCCAAGUAUGUCAUUGGCUGCGACGGCGCUCGUAGCUGGACUAGAAGAGCUCUCGGAUUUGAACUCGACGGAGAGGCUACUGACUUUAUCUGGGGAGUCAUGGACAUCAUCCCCAUCACUGACUUCCCCGAUAUCCGCAUGCGUUGCGCCAUCCACUCGGCCGAGAACGGUAGUUUGAUGGUAAUCCCGAGAGAAAACAAGCUUGUUCGUCUCUACAUCCAGCUGAAGGAGGUUACACCUGAUGCGUCUGGGAGAGCGGACCGAUCCAAGAUCACUCCCGAAAUCAUCUUUGCCGCCGCUCAAAAGAUUCUCAGCCCCUACAAGAUCGACUACGAGUACUGCGAUUGGUGGACCGCGUAUCAGAUCGGUCAAAGAGUUGGCACCAACUUCGACGCCCACAGCCGUGUCUUCCUUGCUGGAGAUGCUGUCCACACCCACUCCCCCAAGGCGGGCCAGGGCAUGAACGUCUCAAUGCAGGACACCUACAACCUUGGCUGGAAGAUCGCCCUGGCCGCCAAGGGCAUCGCGAAGCGUGAUAUCCUAAGCACCUACCAGAGCGAGCGCCGUCGGGUUGCUCAGGACCUGAUCGAGUUUGACCACCGCUUCAGCCGUCUCUUCUCCGGUCGUCCGGCCAAGGACGUCAUGGACGCUGAGGGAGUUAGCAUGGAGGAAUUUAAAGACGCUUUCCUUAAAGGAAACAUGUUCGCCUCAGGGCUGUCGGUUGACUACGGCCCCAGUAGCCUUGUUGUUAAGGCUGGCGAUUCGUUGAAGCAGGGCGACGGCAGCAAAGUUCUCGGAACGGUUACUACCAUUUCCGAGGAGGACUUCAACCAAAAGCAGUCCCUUGCAUCUGGCUUGCCCGUCGGCAUGCGCUUCAACAGCUUCAAGGUCCUCAAUCAGGCGUGUGCGCGCCCAUGGCACUUGCAGGAGAGACUCAGGGCUGAUGGCCGUUUCCGCGUUGUUCUCUUUGCGGGCAACAUUCUGGACCCUGCCCAGAAGGCCCGCGUUGACAAGUUCUGCGCGGCGCUUGACGCUCCCGAGAGCUUCCUGCAUAGGGCCACCCCCCCGGGAGCCCCUAUCGACAGUGUCAUCGAGGUUCUUACAAUCCACUCCUCAAAGCGCACUGACACCGAGCUGUUGAGAGAUUUCCCCGCCGUUCUACAUCCCUUCGACCCUCACACUGGCUGGGAUUAUAACAAAGUCUUUGUGGACGACGAGAGUUACCACGAGGGUCACGGUGAAGCAUACAAGAACUACGGCGUCGAUAGGCAAAGGGGCUGUGUCGUUGUCGCCCGACCUGAUCAGUAUGUUGCUUGGAUCGGCGAACUGGAGGAUUUUGAUGAUUUGCAAAAGUACUUUGAAGGCUGUCUCGUGUUGGGACACCAUGGCAGCAAUGCUAAUGGCACGAACGGAGUCAACGGGCAGGCAAAUGGCACAACGUUGCCUAUUCGACAAUAA